AUGCAAUUAGUCCGCCUCAACAUCAUGCUCGCUCUUUUCGCCAUAACGUGCUCGGCUGGCCCGAUCGCCCAGUUUACACCCAAGAUUCGAGAUCUGGAACAAAACAGCCCUAGCCCUGGACCUACAGCAUACCCCAGCCCGCCGGCAGUUGGUGUGCAUGUACCGACGGCUUCAGAUGAAGCGAAUGGUGGUUUGGAUAUUGUUCCCAUUACGCCUUCCAUGACGGCGGACGGUACUCAGGCGGCGAUGCCACAGGCUUCGUAUACCUCUACUGAGAUUCCUGGAUCAUCAAUGCUUCCGGCAGAAGGGCAUUCGGGGGCAGUUACUCCGUUGGUAUCUGCAGAGGUUACUUUGCCUUCGUCUACAGCGGAAAGUUCUCGUCCAACGGUGGAUAGUGGUAUGUCUAGCUCUACCGAGAUACUUGGAUCUUCCACAUCUGCAGGGGAAAAGCAUUCGUCUGCGAUCGCUCCAUCGUCCGCAGAAGCUACUUUACCCUCAUCGGAGACAUCUGAGGCUGUCAUACCGGCCACCUCUCACUCUCAUUCGACGUCACACUCUGUGUCAACUCCGAGUGUGUCGAAGUCUACAACCUCCACCUCGAUCCCUGUUAUCAAGCACAGUCCGACGGCAGGAUCUUCACCUGAGCUUUCUACAGUUACACCCAUUUCGGUCGUUAUCAUUUCACCAAGUUCGGCCCCACCUAGCAUACCCAGCACAACAUCCAGUCUGACCGUUGGUGUCGUUGGACCGUUGCCUGAUGUCCGGACGACCAGCUCAUCUCCUUCAACGGCUUUCUUUGCAACGGGUCUGCCGGAGACUCCUUCCACGCCAACGGUGACCGAGACCACGAUGCCCAGUCUGACUGCCAGCGUGGUAGGACCGCAACCCGAGACAGAUACAACCACCUCUUCUUCCUCUUCAACAGCAUCUGCAUCCUCUCUACCAAACACUAAACCCGCAGAGCCAGCAGGCCAGAUCCGUAGCACAUCCAGCGCAUACUCCACACUCACCACGACACAGAGCACAAGUACAGCCGAAAGUUCAAGCAUACCUCCAACCCUCAACUCUACAACUCCAGCCCCAUCCCCAUUCAACGGAGGAAUCACAAGCAGUCAGCUUCAGAUCGCUAGUGCUACCGCCAGCGCCGACAGUUACGUCACACCCGUCCUCACACCAGUAAUUGUCCUGGUUACACCGGGCGCAGAAUCUACCACCACGGCAACGACAACGACAAGGCAGCCAGACCCAGUCGCAAACGCAAACGCAGAUCCACCAAGCACCCCUGCAUCCGGCACAGGCACUAGCCCUAACGGAACAGAGGAGAUAACCACAAUCCACGCGACAGCAACCAUAACCAAGAGCGUGGUCGUAUUUGCUUCCAGCGCUCCUGCGGCUGAACCGCCAGCUCCAGCUGCUAGUGCUGUGGGGACGGAGCCGGGAUUGGGCUCUACGGCCACACCUACGCCUACGGCUGCAGCUACUGCCCCCUUCAGAGAUCCGGGGGAUGUCCACUUGUCCAUUGUGCCUGUUACGCCGGGGGUGAUGACUGUGACCACCACCACGACCGAGACCGAGACCGUGACUAAAACGGAGAGAGAGACUGUAACUCAGACUGUGACGGAGACUGAGACUGAGAGGGAGACUGAGACUGAGAGGGAGACUGAGACUGAGAGGGAGACUGUCACUUUGCGGGGAUAA